UUUAAGGUUCUGACUAUCAAGGGCUUGAAGCUCCUCAACUUCAUCUGUUCCUGCAGGCUGCUAGCGAGGGACCGCACCAUCUUCUACAUCCUGCAAACAGCCAUUGUUCUCCAGAUGAGUGAUCUAGCAAGCUCCUGCCACAAGCUCCUCAACAGCCAAUCACUUAGCUCAGAGAUGGCUGACAAAGAGAUUGAGGAAAAUGCCUCGUCCAAUCAGAUGUACCGAGAGAUCAAGAUGAAGGAGCUUGAGAAGAUGUACACACAGCAAGGAAAUGGUACUUUUUCAUUGCUUGUAGAGGAGAGUAGGGCAGCACACCUCUCAGUUAACCAGACAAAUGUAUCUAGUGUGCAGUCACACCAAACCAGCCCUAAGACCAAGCUCUAUUACAAAAAGGAUGAAAGUGGAGGGGGAGGGGCUAGCAGAGGAGUCCAUGGCUUAUGCACAAUGGAGGGAGUUGGUCUCAAUGAAGCUGGACCCCAGGAUAGUACAGUCUCCUUUAACAGAGAGCAGAUCAUUGUGGAGGUCAAUCUCAACAAUCAAACGUUAAAUGUCUCCAAAGGAUCUGAUGGAAAGGGCAUCACAUCAAGCACCUCUGGACUUCUUGUUCACCAUCACAGCAAUCUUUCAGGUAUGGAGGAGGGCAAGGAACAAAACGAUAAUGAAGAUAUUGGGGAGGAAGAAGAAGAGUAUGAACAUGUAAUGGAAGAUUGCAGCAAUGAUGAUGAUGGAGAUGAGCAAGAUGAGGAGGAGAACAACCUCAACAUUCCAGAGGUGGAACGUACUAGCAUGGAAAGACCACGACGUGCCACAAGAAUAUCAACAGGCAUGGAAGCGGCUGUCACAAUGAAACAGACACUAAUAGGCUCCACCUUAGCAGUGCGUGUCGAGGGGAGGAAGAGGAGAAAAGAGCAGGAGAGCCUCAGCCAAAAGGUGAAGCUUGAGGAGAAGCAACACUUUUCCUGUAAGAAAUGCCCUCGCAUUUUUAACAACCGCUGGUAUCUGGAGAAGCACAUGAACGUUACUCACAACCGCAUGCAGAUCUGCAACAAAUGUGGCAAGCGCUUUUUAUUGGAAAGCGAGUUGCUACUGCACCAUCAGACCAGCUGUGAGAAAAGCAUACAGUGCUUGACCUGUGGGAAAGCCUUUAAAAAACUGUGGUCUUUACAUGAACACAACAAGAUUGUCCAUGGAUAUGCGGAGAAGAAGUUCUCGUGUGAAAUCUGUGAGAAGAAGUUCUACACCAUGGCCCAUGUCAGGAAACACAUGGUUGCUCACACUAAGGAUAUGCCAUUCACUUGUGAGACAUGUGGAAAGUCCUUUAAACGCAGCAUGUCUCUUAAAGUGCACUCUCUUCAGCAUUCUGGAGAAAAACCCUUCAAGUGUGAGAAUUGUAGUGAAAGGUUCCAGUACAAAUACCAGCUGAGGUCUCAUAUGAGCAUCCAUAUCGGACACAAGCAGUUCAUGUGCCAGUGGUGUGGCAAAGACUUCAACAUGAAGCAGUACUUUGAUGAACACAUGAAGACUCACACUGGAGAAAAGCCAUACAUCUGUGAGAUCUGUGGAAAGAGCUUUACAAGCCGGCCCAAUAUGAAACGACACAGACGGACUCACACAGGCGAGAAACCGUACCCCUGUGGCGUAUGCGGCCAGCGCUUCCGCUUCUCCAACAUGCUCAAAGCACAUAAGGAGAAGUGCUUCCAGGUCAACAACUCCCUCAACCCCAACCCUCAGGGCCUGGACCUCACAUCAGUUGAUAUAGACACACAGGCCAAUCAGAUAUCCAGCCAGCCCGUGUCCCCUCCCAGUGAGGCGUCGACACUCCACCAGGUCAAGUCUCUCUCACUUCCCUUCGUUCACGCGAUUGUAGGUCUUCCCUCUCAACCGCCCCUGUUUUCCACUGAAAGGGUUAACUCCAAAAAAUAA